AUGAGCAGAAAGAAGGAGGAGGAGGAGAAGAAGAUGAGAGUCGACGCUGCGGGCGGAGAGAGCGCAGAGGCGCAAGGAUACGCCAUCGCCAUCGGUUACCGUACGGCGACAAUACGGCUGGGGUGUCGAGGGGCCAGGAUUUGCCCAAGUUCCCGCUUUGGAUCUAGUGACGUAUCGUUGGCGGAGCGGCCAGACCAGGGCAGCCCCAGAUCCCGCGCACUGAUUGGCUUUCCAGGCAGUCUCUUACCUAGACAGGACUACACGUUAUUGUAUUUCUGUACCUGUAUCGGCAGUACCCUGGGCUUGGCACUGGGCGGGUGGAUGAGUCAGCACAAUCUCUGCCUCCCACCUGACCUUGGACCUGGACUCGACCUCAACCUUGGCUUGGCUGCUUGUGCGACGGGGCGGCGGGUGUCCCAUUCCACAGCCUUGAUCCAUGACGCCUGUCAACAACCCUUCCAACAACCCCCAUCAAGGCCUCCCAGCCCUGGAAUCCUUCACAUCCAUCACAUUCGCACUUCACACCCUCCAGAACUCACACAACCUGCAGGCUGCAGGCUAGCUGCAUGCACAUCACACUUGGGACCAGCCCAGCAGCGGCCAUGGCUGUUGACCACUUUGACAUAUGAUUUGCAGGAAGAUGAAUUUCCCUCGCCCAAAAGUUCCCAGGGAUCAGAGGAAUAUCGGGCCUUUGACACCUGGCACCAAUGA